AUGGCUCCAUAUGAAGCCCUGUAUGGUCGGAAGUGCCGAACGCCGAUUUGUUGGGAAGAUUUAAGGAAUAGAGUACCUGUAGGACCAGAGUUGGUUCAAGAGACUAUGGAUCAAAUUCGAAUAAUCCGGGAAAAGAUGAAAAUCGCUCAGGAUCGUCAGAAGAAAUAUGCAGACGUAAGAAGGAGGAAACUGGAAUUUGAAGUCGGAGAUAAAGUUUUCCUUAAAGUUUCCCCUACCAAAGGCAUAAAGACAUUCGGGAUUCGAGGCAAACUUAGUCCGAAGUUCAUUGGACCAUAUGAAAUCUUGAAAAGAGUUGGUAAGGUAGCUUAUGAAAUUGCGUUGCCAACUGAACUGUCUCGCAUCCAUAAUGUGUUCCAUGUAUCACAGCUUCGGAAAUAUGUGCACGAUCCUUCCCAUGUGUUAUCUCAUGAACCAUUGCAACUUGAUGAGACUCUUAGUUAUGAAGAAAGACCGAUCAGAAUAUUGGACCGACGCGAACAGGUUCUACGGAAUCAAGUCAUACCAUUGGUCAAAGUAUUGUGGUCCAGUCAGGAUUCGGAGGAGGCUACGUGGGAAAAAGAAACUGAUAUGAAGCACCGCUAUCCGCAACUUUUCUAA